GGACCUGAGAGUCGGCUACCAGGAGGACAUAGAGCUCUAGCACCAUCUCUGAGGGCGUACAGUUUGGAAGCCCCAGAAACGGAAGCCUCAUCUUGGUCACUUGCUAUCCGAUUAGCUGGCUCCGUGGUCACAGAGUGGCUACUUGAGCAUUGGACAUUAAAAACAGACCCAAUUCUAACCAGGAAGAAGAGAUGUGCUCUCUUUGAGGGAAAAAGAAAGAAAGAAAGAAAGAAAGAAAGAAAGAAAGAAAGAAAGAAAGAACCUGCCUCUAGAAAUCUCUGUGGAACCCACAAGCCCAUCAAUGGGAGAGGUGCAGCCUCUGGUGAGAUCUGAGUCUUGGCUUGACUCUGGAGUCCAGUGCAGAUGAAUCAUCUUAGCACUCUGGAGGCUGAGGCAGGAGGAGCUUGGGUUUGAGGCCAGCCUGAGCUAUAUAGCGAGACCCUGUCACCCCUUGUCCCCCACUCCAAAAGAAAGACAUGUAUAGUUGGACCCUGAACCAUGCACCUCAGGCUUAACUCCCAGGCUGGAUGGAAUGGGGCCUCAGAAUCAAUGGGUGGGCAUUCUGUUACUGUGGCAACCACAUAUCCAUUUGGGUGUUGAAGGCGUGGGGUUAAAGGGUUAGGAGGACCAAGCACAUGGGGGAACUAGGUGAACGCAGAGCCAGUUUGCUCAGCAACCCUGUCCCGGAGGCCAAGACUUCAGGGGGGUCAGAGGGUGGGCAGAACAAUGGCGGUCUGGGGAAUGGCAGUGUGGGCCCCCAGAGCACGUCAUUUGACAGCCACUGGCUCCAGGGCUCCCAGGCCACCUCAGGGCUAGCCUCAGAAGACCCGGAGGAAGACAUUCCCCAGGAAGAGGUGGCCGGGGAAGAGCUAGCCGAGGCUCCCAAUCCAGACGGUGGUCGAGAGCUGGAGGUGGAAGUAGCUGAAAUGAGCCAGCUGUCCAUCACUGAGCGGACUCCCAGCAUCUCCACAGCCAAGAGCAGGAGGAAGAAGAAGGGCCGGAGACUGCUGGAGCUGGCAAAACCCAAGACCAACUGGCAAUGCCUGAGAGACAGGAAGGGGUGCUGUUGUAAGGGCUAUGCCUGGAUUUCCCCACGUAAGAACAACUUGCAGUUCUGCCUGUAUUGGCCUUCUGUAUACUGGACCGAGCGGUUUAUCGAGGACACCACCUUGAGCAUCACAGUCCCCGAGGUAUCCCGCCGAGUGGAGGAGCUGUCGCGACCCAAGAGGUUCUACCUGGAAUAUUACAACAACAACAGGACCACACCCAUCUGGCCCAUCCCUCGAUCCACUUUGGAGUACCAGCCUUCUAACCGGGUGAAGCAACUGGCUAUUCCUAAGGUCCGCAACAACAUCUGGAGCAUCGACAUGUCUGAGGUUUCCCAGGUGUCCAGAGCAGCCCAGAUGGCAGUCCCCACCCCACGGACCCUUAGCCUGGCAAAGCCCAGGCCCCCAGCCAUUCUCAUGGAAGAGUGGGACCCUAUGCCGAAACCCAAGCCUUAUGUGUCUGACUAUAACCGUCUCCUCCAGCUGGCAACUCCCAAGGCUCUGUCAGAGAAGUGUGUUCCUGACCGCAGCCCUCAGUGGGAGGUCCUGGAAGCCACCAAGAGAGCAGUGGCCAGUUCACGGAUCCUCUCCCUGGCCCAGCCUAAGAUCCGCAAGGACCUCAACGAGGGCUACAACCCGUACUACAUCUCUCCAGCCUCUCUGGUGGCCCAGGCGUCUCCUCGCAUUUAUGAGCUAGCCACCCCCAAAUUCAUCACCAAGAAAGUGUGACAGCCAGGCCCGACCUCCGGCCCACCCCCAGUAAACACCCAAGUGCAUCCUCACCUGUGUGCCUGAUUUGCUGAGCUUCGUGGCCGGGGCAUGGGCGGGCAGGGACGCCUCAGGCCACAACAAUAAUAACGCUAUUUUCACAUUCUACCUGCAAUGUGCCGCCCUUUUAUUUCCCAUCUCAAGGGACUCUGAGACUGGGCCUCAGGCCCUUGCCCCAUCUCCCCGGCCUUCCCAUCCUGUUGCCUCCCACAUACCCACACGGACCUCAAGUUC